AUGGGUACAACCUCGUCAACACAAUACAGUUCAAAACAUCAAACAACAUUAUCAACUACCAACGAAUCAACAACCUCAACAUCUACAAAGGUGAUCAACUCAAUCGACGGCCGGUUACAGGAAUUCCGGCAGCCUAUAACCGCCGGAAAAGUCCUCUCCGACCAUCAACCAGACAUGUUCUUCCUGUGCAGCUCCGAACACAUGUUUGUGAACUGUCACGUGCCUCACGUGCCAGCCGAUGAAGAGCUUCAACCGGGUCAAAUAUAUUUCAUUAUGCCGGUUUCGAAGUUGUAUAGACCGAUUUCGUUGCAAGAGAUAUGUUUGCUCGCCAUUAAAGCGAGUUUGGUGCUUGAAAAGAGUUCAGGUUUUGAAAUGAAGAAGAAGGGUAAAACGACGUCGGAUAGUGAAGGUUUUGGAAUGAUGAAGAAGAAGGGUAGAACGACGUCGGAUAGUGGACGGCGGAAAAGGAAUGGCAGUGUGAGGAGACAGGAGAGGGUGGAUUUCCAGGUGGCGUUGAAGAGAUUGUGA